UUUUAAUUUAAUGUCUAUAAAUCUAUUUAAAAAAAGAAAAAAAGUCUAUCCAGUAAUCAUGAAACGCGGGAAAAAUAAUGGAAAUCCAUUGGUCAGAGAGGAGUGGAACCCUGUACGUGAGAGCACCACACCUUUUCUGCCAAGUGUACAAAAAUGACAAAAGUUGGUUUUGUCUGUGAAAACGGAUCAUCGGUCCACCUCUAGAUGUCUUCAUGCACUGUUUUUUUUUUUUUUCACUUUUAAAUGUCUUGCGCAUCCAUUAUACUGGCAAAAGCUUAGCUCAUAAAUAUUAAGUAGAUUACUGUUACGUAUCAUGUAUUUUUUGAAUAUUAAAAAGUCUAUGCGGACGUUCCUCGGCUACUGUCCUAUGGUGAACGCUCGUCUUAUGAAUAUUAAUGUAGUCAUGUUCGCGUUGCUUGGUAACCUUCCAAUCGCAACUGCAUGGCUCCUGAAUAUUAAGAGAGAAUCCUUUACCGUAGUAGGAUCCUUAUCCAGGAAAUGCGUUUCUAUUUACUGUCACAACCACCAAACAGGAAUAACAGCUUUCCUACCGAAUGCCGCUCGGGAUGCGCCCGUCGUCGGAUGUGGAGUACAGUGCGGUUGGAGAGGGGCUCGGGAUGCGGGACUUCUGGCUCUAUGUGUGGCUGCGCAGAGUGUCUGUGGUCGCUGCGCACAUCAUUUCACUCGGCCUGUUUAUUCUCAUAUCCAUACUGUCCAGACCAGGAACAAGUCUCUUCUCUUGGCAUCCUGUCUGCAUGUCACUUGGGUUUUGUCUGUGCAUGACAGAAGGGAUCCUACUUUUCUCCGCUGAGGGCACCCCGUUCUGCUUCAAAUCCCGUAAGUGGAAGGUCCGUCUGCACUGGUUCUUUCAGGCCCUGCUGCUGGUGUGUGGCGCUACAGGAUUCUGCUUCAUGGUGGCCAGUAAGAACAUAAAAGAGAAUUCGCACUUUACUUCCUGGCACAGCCUGCUGGGACUCACUACGAUGGCUGCUACUGUGCUGCAGGCGAUAUGUGGCGUCGUUCUCCUGUUCCCUAAACUCAUCAGCACUUACUCGUUUUCUCGGUGGAGAUUGUAUCAUGCCACCUGUGGCCUGGUGGCCUACCUGCUUGCCACCAUCACGGUCAUGUCAGCCAUGUUUACAGACUGGUUUCAGGCUUCGGUGACAGGCAUAAUCUGGUAUAUCUUCCUACUCCUCCCACUUUUUCCUGCCUUAGUGGUGAUGAACCAAAUCACUAGUGCCUUCCUGCCCAAAAAGAAGAUUACUAGUUGAAAACUAAAGCCUCAAAUUAAAGCCUUAUUUAGGGAUCUGGGGCCUCAUUUAUAAAGUUCCCUAAAUGGGAACAUACAACAAUUUCCUAAAUGUUCCUACGAAUGUUUUAUAAAAUGUCCAUAUGCACAAAAAAGGUUCCUAAUUGCAUCGCACUUUAUAAAUCACGCUCAUCAUCAUGGGCAAGUGUGCGUAUAUAUACACAUGACAACUCUCUGAAUAGAUUUAACCAGCAUUUAUUAAUAAGAAUGGUAUGUACAUAGGUUUAGUCUUGGCAGAUUAGAUCUGCCACGCUGCUGCAUGAGUGAAAGCUACUGCUGAAACAUGCGCAUAAAUACGCAGAAUAGAAUGCAAGCUGCUGCAAGGGAAGUAGGGAGAACCCCCAGAUCUAGGCAGGUGGUGCUGGGGAGGGAGGAGGGCUAGGAAAAUUCCCAUGGCGCGAUGCACUGAGUUGAGCCUGUUCGGGACUGAAAUAAAUAGACAGAAUAAACAGGGGUGCGUUUCCCAAAAGCAUCUUUAAACAACUAUGAUCGCAAAUUCCGUUGAACUCUGUCAAAGACUAUAGAAUAACACAAGACACGGCACUCGUAUCGUUUUGAAUGGGAGAAAGUGCAACACGCAAUAUGGCGAAAUAAGUCCUGCCUUCUAAAUAAGAGCCAAUCGCCGAUUGGUAAAGUCAUCAUGUCGCUGCAGCAGCCGUUUGAAACUCAUUAGCUUGAUCCAGCCUGAAAAAUACUGUUUUUUUUUUUUGUCAUGAAUCGAGCGUUUAGGAACAAAAUUUAUGAGACAGUUGUUGUCAGAUUUCAUUGGGGAUUUCAAAUAUGAAAUUUAAUCGAUAGCUUGGCGAACAGCUUUGGAGAAUUUGAUGUUUCCCCAUUCAAAGAGAUAGGAGCUGCACUUGCAUGCCUGAGAGGCGUUUUAAAGAUGGCCGCCGAGUGAAAUGACUUGUCUUAAAGGGACUUUGACUCUGUUGAUAACGACGGAACUUGCGACCAUAUUUGGCUUUGGGAAACGCAUUCCAGAUCGAUUGGCCAAAGUGGACAGCUUUAAGAGAACCAAUCAGCUGCUCGGAAGAGUUUUUAUGACUGAACUAUAUAUAAAUAUAAAUACAUAACAUUUUUUCAGGAAAUCAUAUAAUUAAUAAAUAAAUUUCAGUGACGUAAUUAUCAAAAAAAGUUGCUUAUAUGUGCAUAUAAUAAUAUUAAUGCGUAUUGUGAUUGUCUUUUUAUAUUUACCUCCAACAAUGUUGGAUUUUUUGGUAACACAAUAAUGUAAUCAAAUCCGAUUGAAUGUGCAUUUUAUAAAUGAGGCCCCUGAGCUUUAGAAACUUUAGAAACAGCAUGAAACAAACGUGAUGACAUUUGAUUUAAUUUCUUCCAUUUUAAAACCACUUUUUGACAUUUUAAAUGAUGCUCACUGACAUAGGAUUUUUGCCCUGUCCCAAAUGGCACACUUUAUGUGUACUUGCAGUCUUUUCAGGCCAGUUCACACUGCACCAGCAGACGCCAACCAACGGCAACAGACACUUUGUCGGGUUUUGUUGGAUCAGUGUGUUACUCCUGUUGGCAUUGGUCGGCGCUUGUUUGUUUGGCAGAUUGUGAAAUUGUCUGAGAAGUGACGUACUGUAAUCUGGUGAUUGUCCAUCUUUAGAGAUACAAGCAGUUGAGAUAGGCCCUGCAAUCAUACUAACAGUAUGUGUAGUUUGAUUCUACUGGGAUAGGAAAACUACAAAUAUUCAUCCAAACCAGUAGGUGUCACUAUAAAGUCCAAAACCACUGUUGUAUUAAAUACGAUAGUCUAAUAGCAUUUUUGCGUCCUUGAAGAGCACUUUCGGUGAUCAUAUGGUCAUUCCCACAAAAGUGAGCAACUAAAGGCAGUUAGCGAAGUGCAUAUAGUUAUUUUAAUGAAUUAAAUUAGCUGUUUAUAAUCAUGUGAUCCUGCGUGUCCUUGUGAUUUGUUUUGACACCUUUAUUUACCAGGGAUUUUGUAAACCCAAGGACUAUGCACUGAAAAUAUAUUUGCAUAUUUUCAAUAUUUACAAAAAAAAAAAGAAAAGAAAAAAAGAAUGUUUUACCUUCAUAAUGAGUAUGGUGUACUGAUGCUCACUUUCUAAUUGAAUGCUGACUACUGAUAUUUUUUUCUUGAGGACUUGCUUGAACAUUGUAAAUUAGUAAUUCUAUAUUUGCAUAUUUUUCAUAAUCUAAUACAAGCAACUGGUUGUGCUUCACAGAGGACACAUUUUUAUGUUUUUUCCUAUGCACUGCUGAAUAGGGAGCCUCAUGGCACUGGGAAAAUGAACAAAAUUGCUGUUUGCAUUGCAAGAAUAUGCUUAUUGUAUUAAUAUAAAACUUGCAAAUGUUUUAGGUAUAUCAUUGUCAUGUUCUUCUCUUAUUUCAACCUCAUCCUUGUGAGUUUUGCAUGAUUUUACAGAGCUGUAGUUCAGUUUGUUCAUGUUGCAGUAGCUUUUGAUUGUGUGCCUUCCUCUGUAUGAUACUUUCCUGAACAACAUGACAGAAAAAUUAGUUAUUUUGACUUUUUUUUUCUUUGUCUGGACUUGAGAUGCAAUGAGAACAUUUUACUGUACUUCCCAAUAUUUAUUUUUAUUAUGGCUGACAACAAAUAUGUUUUGUGUUAUUUUAAGAAAACUAUGUAAGCUUCAGUCUAAAUAUAAGCACUAGUAAUAUCUGCAUCCAAUGAUAAUGAUAAUGACCGAUAAUGUUAUAUUGUGCAUAUUUAGUCUGGACAGUAAAAUGAGCACAUUAAUAUGGGCAUCUGAUGCUUAGUUCAAAGCUUUAUUUGUAAAGUCAGUAUCAGUUUAUGUCUUUUCAUUAUGUGGCACAUAACUAGAGAUUAUUUGUUCCAUCUCUUGUGUUUAUAUAUGCCUGUAUUAUUUGUGUGCUGCAUUUUAACACACACUAGACUAGUAUAACUGUUAUGUGCAGUGUCAUGGACUCAGUUUAAUACAGACUGUUUACUGUAUUGAUUUGACAGUGCAAGUUUUUUAUGUAACUGCACAAUGUGGUCAGGUUAUAAGAUUUUAAAGCUACACCUAUGAAUGUAGAAAACAAUGACUCAGGGUUGUCUGUGAAUUAUUGGCAUAUGAACUACAAAAUAGGAGUAUUUUACUCUGUACUGUAUGAAAUGUAUUUGAGGGUUGGCGUGAUCGUUCUUAUGAACAGUGAAUGAUUGUUUUUACUCAAUGCUUUGUCAAUUUCUGUAAAAUAAACAUUAUCAAACAAGCAUUAUUUACAAAAA